AUUUGAUGGGAGCACGAGACUCGGGGCACUCCACGCGUUUUUCCACGACGUGUGCAUCACACAAGUCUGAGGGAAACAAGUCGCGGUCGAUCAGUUUCCGCCGUAAAGAACGAGUCCUCGGCAUCCGUUGAUCACCACGCACCGUCCGUCGACUAGACGCAGAGGCGCAAUGACGCUCCCCGGUUCAUCGAUCGCGAUCGUUUUCAUCGGCGUGGCCGCUUACGUGGUGGCCGGACCCGUUCAGGUUGGAUCAAACGCGCCGCAACAGAAUGAAUAUGGAGGACUGACGGAUUUCUUGACAAGAUACUGGGAGGAUCGAAGUGUGGGCGGCCGCAAUAUAAACGAUAUCGGUGGAGGCCAUCUGUUGCGACAGGGGCGUCGAGGACUGGAUUCGUUAUCUGGAGCAACCUUUGGUGAAAGCAAGAGGUUUAUACCUUUCAGGUAA